UCUUGCCGUUACUGUCUUCCUCAAACUUGUGCUUCUCUGCCAUUCUUGGCUUCUUGCGUGUGUUAUCCUUAGUGUUCCAAUGGCGGCAGUGGUGGCCACCAUGGUGGUCGGACCACUGGUCAAAAUUAUGAUGGAGAACUCGUCCAGCUACCUCCUUAACCAGUACAAGGUGAUGAAGGGCAUGGAGAAGGAACAUGAUAUCUUGAAGCGCAAACUGCUUCUCGUCGAGGAUAUCAUCACCGACGCCGAGCAGGCAGCAGCCGACACCGAGCAGGCGGCAGCCCGCAGAGCAGGGGCGGUGGCCUGGCUCGAGGACAUGAAGAAGGUGGCUUACAAGGCGAAUGAAGUCUUUGAUGAGUUCAAGUAUGAGGCGCUUCGUCGUAAGGCCAAAAAGGAGGGACACUACAACGACCUAGGCUUCAGUGUGGUAAAACUCUUUCCCAUCCACAACCGUUUUAUAUUCCGUAACAGGAUGGGAAGAAAGCUCCACCAGAUUGUACGUGACAUUGAUCUGCUUGUGAAUGAAAAGAAUGAAUUUGGCACUAAACAUCGUCAACGCUCUAAACAUCCUCAGCCACUAGUAUCCAACCAGUUGCGGGAGAUGGAUGAUAAUAUCUUUGAUCUAAAGCAAAUCAAGAGAAGAUCGAGAGAGAAUGAUAGUAAGAGUAUCAUUGAUUUACUAGUUGGUCAAGCUAACAAUGCAGAUCUCACGGUUGUUCCCAUCGUUGGAAUGGGGGGUCUAGGCAAGACCACAUUAGCACAACUUGUUUACAAUGAUCCUGAAAUUCAGAAGCAUUUUGAUCUGCUGUUGUGGGUUUGUGUCUCCGGUAGCUUUGAUGUGGAUACUCUGGCAAAACAUAUAGUUGAAGCCUCUCCUGGGAAGAAGGACGAUGGCAAAGAAGUUGCUACUUCCAAGAAGAAGAGUACACCACUGGAUAACCUUCAGAAUGUUGUUAAUGGGCAAAGGUACCUCCUUGUGCUGGAUGAUGUCUGGAAACGAGAGUUUGAUAAAGGAGAGGUUGAUAAAUGGGAGCAACUCAAGGCACGCCUUCAACAUGGUGGCGUAGGUAGUGUCGUAUUGACAACAACUCGUCAUGAACGAGUAGCUAAAAUAAUGCACUGUACUGAAGUCUAUAAUCUCACAGCUUUGGAAGAUAGAUUCCUAAAGGAAAUCAUCGAGACAAGAGCAUUUAGCUAUUUUCCCAAUGAGGAGGAAAGGCCUGUUGGGUUGGUGAAUAUGGUUGAUGAGAUUGUGAAGAGAUGUGUUGGCUCUCCUUUAGCCGCAACAACACUGGGCUCCGUACUGUGUACCAAGACCAGUGUGGAAGAAUGGAAGGCUGUAUCAAGCAGAAGCAACAUUUGCACCGAGGAGUCUGGAAUCUUACCGAUACUCACUCUCAGUUACAACGACCAGCCGACAGAUAUGAAGCAAUGUUUUGCUUUUUGUGCUAUAUUUCCCAAAGGUUACAUGAUUGAUGUGGAUAAGUUGAUCCAACUAUGGAUUGCACAUGGCUUUCUUAUCCAAGAAGAUAAUGUUCGUCUUGAAACCACUGGCAAAAGGAUUUUCAAAGAUCUAGCCUGCAGGUCAUUCUUUCAGGAUGUGAAAAAAGUCCAAGCCGGGUUGUGUUAUUCUAUGUCUAUAUGUAAAAUCCAUGAUCUUAUGCAUGAUGUUGCAUUGUCUGUAAUGGGAAAGGAAUGUGCCUUGGCAACAUGGGAACUAGGCAAGAUUGAACAUGCUGCAACUGAGGAAUCAAGUCAGUGUGAGUGGCUUACAAAUGAUGCACGGCAUUUAUUUUUGUUGUGCAACGAACCAGAAAGAAAACUGAAUAUUUCUCUAGAGGGAAGCUCUCCAUCUAUCCAAACUCUUUUGUGUCUUAGAGUUAUGAAAAGUGCAUAAUUGCGGCAUCUAUCAAAAUAUGGGUCUUUGCGAGCAUUGCAGCUUUGUUUGUGGGUAUCAUCAUUCCCACUGAAACCAAAGCAUCUACAUCAACUGAGGUACCUAGAUCUCUUAGGUAGUUGGAUCAAAGCACUCCCUGGAGAUAUGAGCAUUCUAUACAAUCUACAAACGCUGAACCUCUCUGGAUGUGCUUAUCUUGUUGAGCUUCCGAGACAAAUGAAGUAUAUGAUUGCCCUCCGUCACCUUUACACUCAUGGCUGCCCAAAGCUGAAGAGCAUGCCUAGAGAUCUAGAUAUGAGCAUUCUAUGUAUGUAUGUAUGUACAAUGAUGUAGUACUAUUGUGACUGUACUACAUCCACGUCCAUUAUUCACUGUUCCGAUUAUAACAGAAUGAGCUACACAGGUUAUAAAGGAAUGGACAGAAAUUCAGAAUGUUCACAUUACACAUAGUGCAGUGAUACGGUCGUGGACCAGUUAAUAAGCAGAGAGUUGAUGCUUUUAAGGGAUAGAUAGUGGGCUUCAGAGAUCAUGCGUGGUUUCAAUCAGACCUUCAGUCGGACAGCUUGACCCUCGGUGAUCCUGACCUUGAUUAGGCAGCUUGUCGAUGGACGCUGAUCUAGUGUGCCGUUGCCCGUUGAUGCCAUCGGUUUUGAAUUGCGAUGAACCCACUGCAUUCAUCUGGUUUUUGUCCGGACACAGAGGCAUGUCUGCUGAUACUGUCAGGCAAGUGCAGCAAGAUGGUAGAACAUGUUUUGGGUCUAGUUGUAUUAUAAUUAUCAGUCACUUUCAUAUCAGG